UAAUCAUCAUGAAUUGAAUACUUCUUGUGCUGCAAUGCAACGUCAACUUAUUUGCUACAUAUUUUGCCGUUGAGUUGGGAGGGACAUGCACAAAAAAUGUAAAAAAAAAUCAGAGACAGAAACCUCAAGCCGUAUAGUCAGUCACCACAGCAAGAUCAGCAUUUAGCAGCAUUAUCAUUAUUCGAGUGAAUAGAGCCACCACCAUUCCACGCACCUGUUGAGCAUUCGCAGGAACCAGCAGCCCUUCUUCCCACAAUAAUUCCACAGUGUUCUCAUCUAUUUCUUAUUUCGUCUUGGCUCCCACAGCGGGAAUGCGUCCCAGCCCAAUUAAGCGACAAAUUAAUAAUUACUGGUCCCCCCUUCAAAAUUUCCAGUGAAAAUAACACGAGGACAACACUCAGUAAAUUCUGUCCCCUCCCCGUACACAAAAUGUCGAGAUCCUCGGACAAGACAAAGACCAGUGCCAGCUUCCUUGACAAACUUGGCCUGGGCGGUGGGGCUGGGAAGGGAAGAAAACAUUCUGCCUUGACGCGUCCCCACUCAGAGGCAGAUUUUGCCGAUUUGGAGGAAAUGGGGGCGAAAGAAGUCAUACUAACGGAUCGGGAAGUAGAGGAACAGUUCCAACAAAUGUUAGACGAUAUGAACUUAUCGGAGGAAAAGAGGCAACCCUUGUUGGAACAGUCGAUUGAGAAGAAGAGGCAAUUGUUAUCAAUGAGGGAGAAAGGAUAUACAUCAAGUCAUCGUGGGACUCAAACUAAAAUUAGCACACCUGAACACUUUAUUGGAGCACUUAGCAGAGAAAGCAGAGCACACCUGAGUAUUUCCAAAAUCGCACACAUAACAGAAUCUCUUCGAAUAACUUUAUCAAGCCAUCCAGUGUCCUGGGUCAAAAACUUUGGAACGAGAGGGUUGGAGCUCAUACUGGAUAUUUUAAACGAUGUCUACAGAGCUCAACAUGAUAAGGGAUACAUUAGUGACGAGUAUAGUAAAAUUCAUCAAGAGUGUCUUCGCUGUUUGAGAUCUUUCAUGAACAAUACGUACGGACUAAAGACAGUGUUUGACCAGAAAGAAGUUUUUAUCCUCGUCGCGAGAUCACUCGACCCAUUACGACCAAAUGUGAUGCAAGAAGCUGCCAAAUUACUCGCUGCGAUAUGUAUUCUUCUGGAUGUUCAAGGCCAUGACAGAGUUUUAGAAGCAAUAACUAUAGCGGCUGAAAAUCAGAGCCGCGACAGGUUUUCUCCCAUUGUUCAAGGUGUUAAUCAGAGAGAAAGUGACUCCACAAGAGCAUGUUGUAUGCAAUUAAUCAAUGCCAUAGUCAACAUGCCAGAAGACUUUGAGUUUCGAAUAUUUCUAAGAAACGAAUUUAUGCGUGCCGGACUUUACGGUAUGAUAGAUGACUUGAAGAAAACGGCGUCACCUGAUUUGGCUAUUCAAGUCGAAGUAUUUAUCAAACAUAAAGAUGAAGAUUAUGAAGAACUUUCCGAAAAGUUUGAUUUAAUCCAUAACGAUUUAGAAGAUACAAAUCAAUGUUUUGAAAUUAUCCAACAUUUAAUAUCAGACACACCCGCAGAACCCCUCUUCCUAGCAAUACUACAGCAUUUAAUUUGUAUCCGGGAUGACCAUCUUAUCAGAUCCGCCUAUUUCAAACUUAUUGAAGAAUGUAUCGCGCAAAUUGUUUUACAUCGAAGUGGAUACGAUCCUGAUUUUAGGGCAAAGAAGUUUGAAAUCGAUGUGGAUGGAUUAACUAAUCUCGUAGUGGAAAAGCUUCGUGCAGCUGAUGAAAAGCGAAAUGACGAGCUCACAUCCAAGCUGGAAGAAGCAUUGACACAGAAACAGGAAGCAGAUGCCCAGAUUGAACACUUCAAAAAGCAAUUGACCGAUUUACAAGAAGCCGUAAAGAAUGGAGGACUUAUUAAACAAUCAGAUUUUGCAUUUGCUCAGGGUCAAGUUGCACAAAAUUAUAGACCUGGUGCUCCAGUCCCUCCACCUCCACCAAUGAUGGGAAUGGGUGGAGGCCCACCUCCCCCUCCGCCACCCUUCCCUGGUGGGAUGGGAGGACCGCCGCCACCCCCACCACCAUUUCCUGGCAUGGGAGGACCGCCACCUCCUCCCCCACCAAUGAUGGGAAUGGGAGGAGGACCACCACCUCCACCCCCAUUUGGCGCUGCUGGAUUCGGUGCACCUGGUCUACCACUGGCUAAACCAGUUCCAGAAAAAUUACCCUUUGGGAUGAAGUCUAAAAAGAAGUGGACGCUAGAUGCGCCCAUGAAGAAGGCGAACUGGAAAACUAUUUCUCCAGGAAAUUUAAAAGAAAACUCCUUCUGGGUAAAAGUGGAUGAAGAGAAGCUCGCAUCACAAGAUAUAAUCGAAGGGUUAUAUCGGUUUUCUACAAAACCUGCCUCCAAAGCCAAAGAUGACAAGGAUAAUGGGAUGUCGAUCAACGGGAAGAAAAUUAAAGAGUUGCGCGUUUUGGAUGCCAAGUCUGCUCAAAAUUUAUCCAUCUUGUUAGCAGGCUCUUUGAAACAAAUGUCAUUCGAAGAAGUUAAAACUUGUAUUUUAAAGUGUGAUGCAGAAGUGCUAACUGGAGCUAUAUUGGAACAGUUAAUUAAUUACUUGCCCCCACCCGAUCAGUUGAAACGCCUAGAAGAGCUACAAAGUUCAUACGAUGACCUCAGUGACGCUGAACAGUUUGCGCUAACAAUAUCUGCCGUGAAACGACUUGUUCCAAGGUUGAAAUCCAUGAAAUUUAAAUCGCAGUAUCAAGAAUCAGUACAAGAAAUUAAGCCCGGAAUAGUAGCCGCGACUGCUGCCUGCGAAGAAAUUAAAGCGUCCAAGAAAUUAGCUAAAAUUUUAGAAUUGGUACUCUUAAUGGGAAACGUACUUAAUUCUGGGUCCCGAAAUGGUCAAGCAGUAGGAUUUGAAAUUUCAUAUCUACCUAAACUCUCCAGCACAAAGGAUGUCGAAAACCGUCAAACCCUUCUUCACUAUUUAGUAGAAAAAGUCGAAAUCAAAUUUCCCGACGUCCUUAAUUUUGAUGAGGAAUUAAUACACCUUGACAAAGCUGCUCGCGUCUCGGUCGAAACUAUCUCAAAAUCCUUGAGAUUGAUGGAGAUAGACUUAAAAAAUUUAGAAACAGAUUUAAAGCAUUCCCGACUCUUACAAGGUCCUGAUGACCGAUUUCAAGACAUCAUGACCAACUUUGCAGUCGAAGGGCGCCGCCAGUACACCAUUUUAACCCAAAUGUUCAGCAAGAUUGACACGUUAUACAGCGAUCUAGCAGAUUUCUUCGUCUUUGACAAGACAAAGUACACAGUGGAGGAAUUCUUGGGCGAUAUUAAGACCUUCAAGGACCAGUUCAUCCAGGCCAACAAGGACAAUGUGAAGCAGAGGGAGAACGAAGAGAAGCUUCGUCGAGCCAAGGAGGCCAAGAUAAAGUCGGAACAAGAGAAGCAGGAGAGGAUAGCGAGGAAGAAAGCUUUGGUGGACAUGAAUGCAGGGGACGGGGACAAUACCGGUGUGAUGGAUAACUUACUGGAGGCCUUAGCUACGGGACAGGCUUUCCAGAAAAGGAAACGUCCACCCAGAGAGAGGAGCAGCGAUAAUCGCCCCGCCCUCAACAGGAGUAGGAGUAGAUCAAACAUUAUGGUGAUGGUCCUGUCCCCCUCGAGCAACAGGGAGAUUGAAAACUGUGAUCCCAAGCCGGUUAAAAAUCAUACCGGAAAUUGGAACUAGAAAUAUAUUUAAUUGUUAUUAUAUAAAAUUAUUAGUACGGUACUGUUAAAAUUAUUAUAUACAACCUGUUCUCUCCAUGUAUAAGGACAAUGUACUUGUCCCUUGAUACAUAAGUACAUAAUUAGUCAGUGAAAAAUGGCAUUCCAAAUGUAAUCAAGUAAUAAUGCUACAAUACACAGUAGUUAAUUUUAACAUGCACACUAUUAUUAAUCCUCGGGAGAAGAUGAAACAAACUAAAUUAUUGUAUAGGAUACGCCAUGAAAAAAGAUACUAAACAAUGUAUUUGUAUUUUACCAUACCUGAUGAUCAUAAUGAAAUGAAUGUAUGUACCCCCUUCAAAGUACAAGAUAUGCAACGAAAUUUAUAUUAUUAUGUUAUUGAAGUAUAUAAACUGUUAUUAAAGCUCUAUUACUCUUAAAACCAAUAACUGUAAA